GGUGUAAACACAAACCCCAAACUCUCUCACUGUCCUAUAACGUUACCUGAUAAGCACGGAAUAGAUAUUCAAGACACCUGCAAAAUCUCCACAACACCGAGACUGAAAGGUCUGAGUAUGAGCGCACAAAAUGUUGGAUCCAGGGAUGGACAUCAGGCUUUCAGGCUGCACAUGGUCACAUGGAAUGUUGGCACAGCAGAGCCACCAGCUGAUGUGAGGUCAUUACUGCAGCUUGACUCGCAGCCGGCCACUGACCUCUUUGUGAUUGGUCUACAGGAAGUGAAUGCCACUCCAGUGCAGUAUAUCUCUGAUCUAAUUUAUGAGGACUCAUGGAGUCACCUUCUUAUGGAUACUCUGGCACCAAUGGGAUAUAUCAAGGUGACUUCAGUGAGGAUGCAGGGUUUGCUGCUGAUACUGUUUGCAAAGCAGGUCCACCUGCCUUUCAUCAGAGACAUCCAAAGUACAUACACCCGCACAGGCCUGUUUGGAUACUGGGGAAAUAAAGGCGGUGUGUCUGUGCGUUUCUCAUUCUAUGGUCACAUGCUGUGUUUUCUGAACUGUCAUCUGGCAGCUCAUAUGAACUACGCCCUGCAACGCAUGGACGAAUUUGAAUAUAUACUUGACAGACAAGACUUCGAUAUGUACAACACACCACAAGUGCUUGACCACAAACUCGUUUUCUGGUUCGGUGAUCUGAACUUUCGUAUCGCUGACCAUGGGAUGCACUUUCUCCGCUCCUCAGUCAACAACAGCCGAUUUAACCUGCUGUGGGACAGAGAUCAGUUGACCAUGAUGAAGAAAAAAGAACCUAUUCUGCAGGAGUUUGAGGAGGGACCGUUGUGUUUUAAACCCACGUAUAAGUUUGACCGUUUCUCCGAGACUUACGAUACAAGUGGUAAAAAGCGGAAGCCUGCCUGGACGGAUCGUAUCUUGUGGAGGAUAAAACCCAAAGCUAUAGAGACUGUGGAUGAGAAUAGUUCGACAUCAUCAUCAGCUGACGAUGAUGAGUAUCCUAUUAAGGUGAUGCAGGACAUGUACACUUGCGAUGUCUCGUAUGGGGUCAGUGACCACAAACCCGUCAUUGCAACCUUCGAUCUGGAGAUGAGAAAAAAGGUGAAGACGCCUCUAGUCAAACUAACCGUGGAGGGACACUGGAGUGCAGAUGAAGAUGCCACAUUCACCUACACCAUUCUAGAAAACUUUGAGUCUUCAACCUGGGAUUGGAUCGGAUUGUACAAGAUUGGCUUCAGAAGUGCCUCCCAUUACUCCACCUUCGCUUGGGUCAAAGAUGAUGAAGUGGCUGCCAACGGCGAAGUCGUGACGGUCCAGAUGAAUAAAAAUGAGCUCCCCCUGCUGGCUGGGGAUUAUGUUCUUGGCUAUUACAGCACCAACAUGCAAACCCUCAUUGCCUUUAGUCCUACUUUCCUGAUUCUGGAGUCUCGACUAGCUGUAAUGGAGGGUCUGCUUCCUGAGAACAUCAACGGACAUGAGAAGUAGCUGGAUAUCUUCUAACCUCGUGUGUAAAAGUCACAGCAGGAUCUGAUUUGAGAUCAUAUUUGCCUGUGUAAACAGACCUUGCUCCGUUUGAUUUUAAAAAGUGAAAACUGAUUCUGUGAAACAGUCUGAUAUAAUGAGUGUGAUUUAAAAUCUAUGGCUUUAAAAUCUCUGUCUGUUCGCUAAAUACGCCAUAUUACUCUUUUUCAUUCUCUCCUUAUCCGUGGUUUGUAGUACCUGUAUCUUCCUCUAGAGGUUUAUAAAGCAAUCACUAACUUUAUUAGAGACACAUCCUAACUCGGAAUCUUAUCCCAUCUGUUUAGUAACCAUGGUAAUCCGACAGAGAACUGAGUUUUUUUUUUUCUAAUAAAAUAAGAAGACAGGAAAUUUCUGUAAUACAGCCCAUGGAUUCUGUGCCUGCUAACUUCAAAGCUCUUUUGAUUUAUGUAGAGACUGAUUGCACAAAGACCUUUCAUGUUUUUGUUUUUUAAUCAAAUUUGAUACUUAUUAGACCGUAAAACUUAUAAGAGUGUGGAACUCUCCGAUUUUUAAAAUAGGCCUGUAUUUCAUGCCAAAUCGACACAUAAAUUGUGAAAAAGUGCUCAGUAUUAUUUUACAUUAGGUUCUACAAAACACAAUUAUACAUUUUUAUUUUUAUAUGAUAUAUUAAAUAAAUGAUGUUGCAUAUAUUUUGCCUAUUUGAAAGUGAUGACAUUAUCUUUUCAUGCACGUUGGUUGCUGUGCUUCUUACAGUAUUUCACUGUAUGUUUUAUAUGUCAGUGUCUGAUAAAAGUAUGCGGCUUUUCAGUAUCUAUAACAAUGGUUCGCCAUCUGAUUGUUAAAAAGCCAUUUUGUUUACACUCUGUCACUCUUUUUAGUGCUAAAUUUGGCAGUUUUACUUCUUAUUGUCUGCAUUUGUUCAUUGUGACAUGCCUGGCCUAUCUUUUUCAUUGAAUAUAUAUAUUAUACUCUCUUUAUCUCAGUUCAUGUUAAAUUUAUCGUAACUGUCUUGUUGGAACAGUUGAUUUGAUGCCCUUAGAUUUGUGAGAUGUAUUAAAAUCACGCAGUU